AAACCCACAUUUUUCAUUGUUAGGGACACCGUGGAAUGUGAUGGUUUGAUCCUACAGCGCAGGGAGUGGAGGGAAGAAGCAACGAAGGCAGUUCAGGAGGAAAACAAACCCUGUCCCGCUGAUGUACCAGUAAUAUCUGUGAAAGAACUUGUGUUCAGUCUUUGGUUCAAACCUACAGAGUCAUCUUGUCGGAACUCUUCGACACAAAGCGAAUCAAUUUGGGGACUAUCGCAGAUUUUUUUUUCAUGGCAAGGGCUUGCGGAUGAAGCUCCUUAGUGAAACCAUCCGGUGACAGACAUUUACCAGCUGCUUAGCACCCAAGACGAGGAUGUGUCCAUAGAAAGUAAGUUUACGGUGAUAGACACCCAUGUUGACCAUCAAGCUGAGGGGAGUUGAGGGAAUAAGAACCAACCAAAGAAAAAGGGAGAAGACAUUGUGUGGAGAGGAGAAAGGGACUGAACACAACUCAACAUUACGGACUUGUGACUCAUCAUUUUAACCAGAGAAGAAGGACUGCCACACAAAUGUGGACGUCCCAAAAAGUAGUAAAAUAAUUUCCCCUUUCCAUAUAGAAGACAACAGCAAUAAUAUCUGUGAUGUCUGAAAACAAAGACAUAACGAGUCGCCACCUGCGGCACAAGCUGCAAAGCCUGGGACGACGGUUGGAUGAGCUUGAGGAGGCCACCAACAAGCUCCAGAAGUCUGAAGAUGAGCUGCUGGAUCUGCAGGACAAGAUCAUCCAGGCAGAGGGCAGCAACUCCUCCAUGCUGGGCGAUGUAGAGGCGCUGCGCAAGCGGCUGCUGAGGAUUGAAGGCAAAGAUGAGGAGGUGUGCAAGGCAGAGGAUCUCUGCCGCACAGUGAGGGAGAAAUUGGAGGAGGAGGAGAGCUUGACCAAGGACCUAAAGUCUGAGAUUGAGCGCCUGCAGAGAAGGAUGGCUGAGCUGGAGAAGUUGGAAGAGGCCUUCGGCAAGAGCAAGUCAGACUGCAGCCAGCUGUGCCUCAAUCUCAACGAAGAGAAGAACCUGACCCGGAAGCUCUCCUCUGAGCUUGAGGCCCUCAAGGCCCGUGUGAUGGAAGUGGAUGCAUCAGAGGUAAGGCUGGACCGGGCUGAGAAGUUCCUGGCAGGGGAGCUGGAGCAGCUCAAGGGCCUCACUCAGACUUUUGUGAGUGAGAGGAAGAGGCUCCUGGAGAAGCAAAGGGAGGAUGAGAAGUGUAUACUAAAACUGACAGAAAAGCUGGAUUGUCAGAAGAACAGGAUCGUCCGAGCAGAUCCCAGCCGCACAGACUUGAGGGACCUCCGCAUUGAAGGUGACCUCUCAUCUGGCCUGACUAGCAAGCUAGGGCGCAAGAAGAGCGUGGACUACCUGAAACUGGGCGAUGACGUUGGGCUAAGGAAUAAGUCAGAAAACGAGAAGAACAGCCUUGAUGGCCAGGAAGACAACAAAGUCAAGGAACUCACCCAGGAAGUUGAGAGGCUGAAGAACCGGCUGAAGCAACUGGAACUGGUGGAGGAGAAUCUCAAGAACACAGAGUCAAAGAACGGAGAGCUGCAGGAGAAGUUCCAACAGGAGAGGUCCCGCAGCCGAGCCCUCAACGAUCAGGUGGAGAAGCUUAGAAUGCAGCUGUGCAGUGGCAGUAGUCACGGCAAUGGAGGGCUUAGCAGUCCAGCAAAGGUCCUUGAGAAUGGCAAGGCAGAGAAUGAAGAGAUCAAUGUCCGGGGUGGUUUCAGGCAGGACAAGCCUAAGUACAGGAGUGCUGCAGCUGCAGAGCCAGGCGUCCCCAAGUACAAGAGCAGAGAGCUGUCCCCGCAGCACAAGAGGGAGACCAAGCUGAGGAGCAAAGAGCUGAGCAACUCUGAGGAAAGUUCUCCGAAGUCUGUCAGGAGGGCACUCAGUCCUUCACACAAGAGUAGGAGGACACCAAAGACUGGAGCCUCAAUUGCCUCUGACAAUGUAGUGAAAGAAAUAGGGAGAAGGGUGGAGGACAAAACAACAAGGGGAGGAGCCCAUACUCUUGUUAGCACGUCUUUGAGUGACAGCAAGAAGGUCUCGGUUCUUAAUCGCUACCCUCCAGCAGCUAAUGACCAGAAGCCAUGGAAGACAUCUCAGAAACCAAGUGAGAGUGAAAGCAAAAAGAGCCAAGUGGAUAAGUUUUCUAGAUUGAAUGUUGGUUGUGACGGUGAGUCAAACAAUUCUGUUGUGGUGCCUGAAAGCUCAAGCAAGAGCAACACAGUCUCCCCUCCUGAAAAGGAUGCUUCUGUGUCUGACCUGGUGUCUGUGGACCUGGUUCAAGAGGCUCCUCCAGUGUCAAACCUCUCACAGGCCAAUGGGUCGUACACUGCCUACAAGUCCCAUGUGUCCCCGCUGGUCAGUGAUCAUGGGUCUGAGGGUCACUCUUCAGCCUCUGAGACUGAAUCCACUGGGUCCAGGCCCUCAGAACCAGAGCCUGUGUCUGAGGUGGCAGCACUGAGUAGCAGAACCUCCAACCCUCCCAAGUACUCUAGAUACUCUCGCCUACAAGAUUCCCAGUCAGAGGAUUCCUCCACCAGGAGCUCUAUUGACGAGGAGCAGAACAGGCUGUUGAUGGCAGAAGGAGGAUCUCUGGAGCCCACUCACACCCCAGCAGGGAUAGAGGUCCGCAGGGUCUGCAGCCCACGGGAGGCCCUGAGGUCAAAUGCAGUCAUCAAGCCGGCCAUUGUGGAGAUUGAUAGGAAGGAAGUUAUGAUAUCCGGAGUCGGGGCAGAGUUCUUGACCUCCAAUGGCAAGCCCAAAAUCUCCACGAAACCUGUCCUGACCACCAACAAGAUGACCAGCAGCAUCACUAUCUACCCCAACGAUCCCAGCUCUUCCAGGACCAGCAGCCGCAGCAGCAGUGUAUCCAGCGAGCCACCAGUCAAGGAACGCCACACGUCCACUAGCAACAUUGUCAUCGGGCCCAGUGAGCACAGGGGGAGCAUCUCCAUCCCCUAUGAGAUCUCCAUUCCCAAGAGUGAGAUCACCCUCCGGCCAUCCAUGGAUGACCCGGACGAAACAGAUCAACCAGGGGUGCUAGGGAAGGCCCGUGCGGAGACGCACCUACGCUCCCAAAGCAGCUUCAGCCUCCAGUCAACGGAGACCAUCUCAGACUUCAACAACGACACAGAGUCAGGUUUCGGGAGCAGCAGUAGCAGCACUACCACCGUCACCAGCUGGAGGAGCCAACACCACGGACACCACACCUCCCAGGACGAUGGUCUCCCAGAGAUGAGAAACCUGACUGUGCGGAGCACCUGGAGGAACAGGGGGGCGGCAUCCGUGGACGAGCCUGGCCAGGGAGCCAGGCUGGAUGGGGUGGGUUCUGAGGAUGAGGUAGAGUCGGCCACCACGUGGAGGGCGUACCGCGCCACCACUGUCCUGGACAAGGAGGAGAAGGUUAAUGCCACAGGGGCCUCUACAUCACGGGCAGCCAAGCCAUCGCCAGCAGAGCUGUACAUGCGCAGGAUUAAGAACAGUGUGGUGACCACCAGGGACAUUGCAGAGCCGGUGCGCCGGAGCAAGAGCUCUCUGUCACCAACUGAGGGAGUUAUGCAGAGGAGUAUCCCUCACGAGCCUGUCAGUUCUCAGGAGCUCACACCCCGGCAGACACAACCCAUGGCUGCUGACAACACUAACCCCAGCUCUUGGUCACGGAGGACGAGGCCCGCGCCCGGUGACCUGGGUACCUACGAGAGGGAGAGAGUGAGGAGCUCCAGGCCUGACCUAGGGGCCAGCAGAGGAACGGGAACCACGGCUUCCAGACCAGAGCUGUGGUCCAGUAGGGGUCAGGCUGGCCAUGCGGAGAGGAUGACCGGGCGCGGCAAUCGACCAUGGAGCAACCGUCAGACCGACAACUAAACCGGCCAACCGUCUUAGUAGCUCCGCUUCAUAAUGUCCAGAGCUCUCCAUGCCCCCAAACUGCCUGGAGCCCAUCAACAAGGAGAAAUGUACUGUAUCAAGCAUAUCUAAAUCCCCGAGCAACAGCAGUCGCAGCCAUACAGAAGAAUAAACAACUCUCAAGUCCCUGUCCAGCACCUACCCAUGCUUCUCGGAGUGCAAAAACAAGAUGGCCGCCCUCUGAAACCUUCAACCACACCCUUCCAUUUGCACAGACACAACAUCAGUUGUAUUAUAAUAUGCCCUUAUACAGUAUCGCUCUGGUGUGGACCUCACCACCAGUGAAUGUAUCCUCUUCCGCAUCUUCUCCUACCAGAUGUAUUAUAAUGUAUUCCUCAGACUCGACAAGGGAGAGAUGAUCACUUGGGUGACUGGGCCUAGAGGUGUGUGUGUGUGGGGGGGGGGGGAAGAGGAGAGACACAGGAAGGAAGGAUUUGUUGUCUUUUGGAGUGGACCGUUACAAGACCUCACUUUGGAACUUCCCAGCGGAGCUCCUAAGCUGCACAAAGGAUGUACCCAUGUGACCAGAAACGGGGAGUGAAUUACUUGGAUUAAAAAUAAAUCUACUCUGAUCUUUGACUUAUUCAAACUUAAUUUGGUGAGCGCGUUAGCCAUGCAUUUGCUUUAUACCGACAACUAGAGAACGACCAAUAUGGGUUUAAGGGCGGGCCUAUACUGAUACUGAUUUUUGGAGGUCAAGGAGGCCGAUGGCCAAUAUUUUAUGCCGAUAAUGAAUAUAAUAGAAUUUUAGCAUUUUGAUAAAUUCCCAGAGACAGCCAUAAAUCAAUUAUACAAUCAUACAAUCAAUUUAACUUUUUUUUUUAACAAUCUAUCUACAUAACAUAAUGGUAAUCGUUGAUUUGAAAGCUUAAUUUCUUGAUAAACUGGGUAAAUCAAGAUGGCAUAGGCUUGCCUUCUUAGAAUACAGGUAAAAUCAUACCCAAUAAGACUGCAUGCAUUCAGGUUUUGAACUCGUUUGGGCUCAUUUCAAUGAUCUAUGGGUCUACAGAUGACAAUCUGUUUCCCUUCCAUUUGGGACCAUGUUAGCCUCAGGGUUGGGGAGUAACUGAUUACAUGUACCAUGUACUUUUGAAAAACUUGAUGAUUACUUUUAAAUUCAGCAGUUAUGUUUGUGGGGAAAAACAUAGUGUGAUAUCUUUCUAUUUUUUCAAUGACAUUCAAUGAGUCAUUGAAAAAAGGUGCAAGUGUAAAGUUUGUUCCACUUGAGGGAGUCUGACCAGAAGUCAGAGACCACUAUGAUGACACACCAAAUGUGUUUGAUGGAUCCUUUUUGUCUUCUUCGAAUGCUUCUUAAGAGGAAAGUAAUCCAAAAUUAACUGAAAGUCAUCCUAUUAUGUUACUGAUUACGAUUUUGGACAGGUAACAUAUUCCAUUUAGAAAGUAGUCUACCAAACCCUGUUAGGCCUAGUGAUCAACAAAAUAUUCGAAGUAGCCUAUUGUCUUCUUUUAUAAAGACAUGCGCUGUCUCUUUAAAGGUGCUACACAUAGGAUUCUUCUGAAUUGUUGCAUUGUAAUUACAGAAAAUGUUCAUAAUAUUAUGGAACGAUAGUGUUUCACAGUAUUACUUAUCCGCCAGUGUUGUGAUUGGCUGUGAUAUUCGCCUAGUGAUUUCUCCCGCCAGAGCGGCAUCUGUUGUCAAAAUGGGAAAGCUGUUUUGACUUUGGCUGUGUUAUCUAGUGGAAAAGGGGUCAAUCGGCCAAUGUAGAAGUCGCUCCGUCAUUUACCGGUUGUUAAAAUUCUACACUGUUCGCUCAAUUUCAGUUUGUGAGAAAACAAGCACUUCAUUAACAGUGUAGGGCAGUGGUCACCAACCUUUUCUGAGUCGAGAUCACUGAGUAAAAAUGCAAGCCGAGAUCUACCACUCUUUUUUUUUUAACAUGACUUAAAAAAACGUAAGCCUUUGCAACAUUAACCAGAUAAAAAUGGUUAUGUAGCAAUGAGGUUUGUGCAGUAGGCUAUAGGCCCAAUGCAUUAUCACUGCAUAUUGACUAUGCUUGAAUUGCCGUGCCAAUGUUCUUCUCACUUUGUGAUCAUAUAUCUAUAAUUUCACUGGUAAUAGAUCAUUUGUCGUAUUACUUGAGAGGCUGAGUGAGCAUACUUUUUUUUUACUGGACUGAUUGCCUGCAUCUAUUGCUCAGUCUGAGGAGGGAGCGAGCAGCGGUGAGGUUGAACCUCACCCGACUCACCGUCCCUUCGCUCUCCCUCCCUCUGCUGUGAAAAUGGGACACAGUCUUCCAUCUGAGGGCGAAACUCAAGUCUCACUGCAGUAUUUCUGCUUCAUGCACUAUUUCAUGUUACUCCUAUGACCAGAGAAAGUGAAAUAUUCCUUGAUAUUAAAAAAGACAAGCCACUAAUAAUAACAACGCAAGCUUUGCUAUACUCAUUUAUUGCAGCAGCAGUGCUGGUUGUAGCGUGAGUGGAAGUAGGGAGAAUGGGCAUUUUAUGGCUUAUAAAAGUGUUGAACAGAGUGUUGACAGUGCUGAAUAGCAACUUUAAACGUGAAAUUACUCAUAAAAACAGAAACUCUUUGAUGUAUUUGUUGAGUCUCUCUAGUCCAUGGUUUGAAAUGUUUUUUGAACUCUCACAGUAUCAACUUUGCUUCUUUUUACAGUCUAUUGCUCGAGGAAAUAGUGCAGUGAUCUGAGCUAUCUGAUUGGACAUCGGUAGGCCUAUAGGUGCACUUGAAUUGCUUUCUGUGCCUGCCAGGGAGGUCGGAGUUCUACUUUCAGACACGUGGUUCAAAAUGGGAUAAAUUUGCCUUCCCAUCGCUAGGGCUGCUGAAUCAGGUAAACUUACCGUCAACAGCGAGAAACCAAUAAAAAAAAAAAAAUAGGAACGCAAGGCUUUAUCAUUGUUUUUUUCCAGAAAUGUUUGGUGAUUGACUAGAAAUGCUUGGAGAUCAACCAGUCGCUCGCAAUCGACCGGUUGGUGACCACUGGUGUAGGGAAUCAUUGUACCAUCUAAAUCGCUGUGAAAUAUCUUUUCAAAAACAAAAAAAUAUAUUUUUACCAGCUGUUUGAAGCUGGUGGACGAAAACCAAAAGUUAAAGGUGUGAGAAGUAAAGUGUGAGCCUCCGCCUUGUUACGGGGAAAUGGGAUGCUGGGGAGGGGGAGAUUUGUUUUGAAUGCAGCCUAGUGCUGUUACAAUUCACCUAGCGUCCACAUGGGAGAAAUUCGAGGUAUAGCACCUUUUUUAAGAGAAAAUACACCACUCGGGACUCAUGUAGCCAGGCAGUUCGAGAGAAGAAACCACUGGCCACUCAUGUAGUCAUUUAGCAGUGAAUUAUUAACACCAUUUUUGGUGACAACCAGCUUUGAAAUGAGCAUGUUUUGCUUUAUGGUAGCUACCACAAGUAAAGUUCUAUGGUAGUGAACUGACGUUAGCAAAGUUGUCUUUAUGAACGCUAGCUAUUGGUAUGUUGCUUUGUAAAGUGCUGCAGUCUGUAUGGACAUUGUUUUGCCUAACAGUAAAUUAACACUUUAAACAUUUCUACAUUCCAUGUGGCAUUAUUCAAGUGUGCUAAAUUUAUAUGCAGCAUGAGUGGGUAGCUAGCAACCAUCCCAGAGGUUCCUUGAGGACAGGCUAACUAGCAAUGAGCGGUGCCGGCUUGCAGGAGUUUCACACGAGAGGCAAGUGCGCUGAGGCUUUAAAGGGGAAAUCGGCUGAUCCGAUAGAAUAGGAAAGGCUAAUAUCGGCACAAAAUAUUGUCCCGACCGACUAUUGGUCGUUCUUUUUCCGACAACCAUAGCAUUUUUGCAGGGUAUUAUUUUGCACAUUGUACACACACACACACACACACACACACACACACACACACACACACCUAAAGCCAUUUUUAACCCACAAAACAUGACUAUCGUCCCAGAGAAUGCAUAAUGUCGGCCUAAAAGAGGAUUGAAUGUAGGGCUUUGCGGAAGUUUGCAUGUUUCUACGUACUGUAUAAGAGGAGCAUUUUGAAGUUAUGUGCCUCCAGUGUCCCUGCAUGCCCUCUGCUUUAAGAACAACAAAGAUAAGGACCCUGUCAUAGAUGCACAUUCUUAUUUACUUAUAGGCUGCAUACAACAUAUCUCCUUCAACACCAGUACCUAAGCAUUACGGAAGAUGAUAGCCAAGGACUUUGAUCAAACCUUCAAAUUUUCUCAGUCAUUCACUCCCUGUUGCUCACCAUCGUCACCCCCCCCCCCCCCCCCCCCCCCCCCCCCAACUGGAAUUGUGGAAUAGAGCGGAUGGUCUGUUGGGACAAAUGGCAGAAAAGAAGGUCCACCCCUUUUGUCUGCACUCGAUGAAUGAUUGAAUGCAUAUAUUUUAGCUUGGGGGGGGGCAUAUACUGAAUAUUAGUCAUCUGAGGACUGCUAUUCCUAGGGUGCUUUGCUUCAACACACCUUCCUCCCUGGACUGGACACAGAAUGGAGGCUCCGACUGGAACUGCUGACCUGGGUCGAGCUGUAAACUCUGCAGCGCUGCUGUGAACAGCCAAUCAGGCACAGGAAGCAAGGCAUUGGGCUCGUGUUGUCCAAUCACCACAAGGAACAAUCAGUCCAAAUGUACGCGACUGGGUUCGCAGUGCGAAUCGUCUCAACUCAACUUGUUUUUUUUUUUAUGUAGAAAUGUAUUUUGUUUUAAUAUUGAAACUGGACUUUUUGUUGUUGGAUAAGAGAGGGUUUGGUGUCACUCUGGCUAGAAAUCAUGGGGGUGCCAUAGAAACACCCCCAGUCUAGUUUUGAGGUCUGAUUCACACUACAAUACUCAUACAGGCAAUACUCUGUGAACUCUAAACUCCCUAACUACAAACUCUGGUAGGAGGGUUACCAUAUCGCUCCAGGAAUGGCAGCUGAACCUGAGAAUGGCCUUUGCUUGUUGGCUUGGCUGUCAUUGUAAAGCAAAAGAGCAAAUUAAUCUCCCCCUCAGAUCCUAUUGGAGAGUCACUGUAUUAUAAUGCAAUGACUAGGACGUUGGAUCCGGAAUGGGGUAAUACAGGUGGUAAUACGGUUCGUAUCCUUCCACGGCCAGCUUGUUCACUAGUUCUCUUAGAGGUCUCGCCUGUCAGAUCUCAAGUAUACUAUGCGGGAUUGACCAGAGAGGUAGAAGUUUCCCCGUGAUACUGGUCAGUUCUUGUAAUUUAGCCUUACCUGUAUAGUACCAGGCAACCAGCAUUUUCACUGUAGCUUUCAUAUUUAUUAAUUAUUUACUACAAAAUGCAUAUACCUAUUUUUCAUUGUGACCUUUGCAGUUUGGUGAUGGGGACCUAUCAUUUACAGGCCUUUAGAUUUCAUAGCGUAUUGAGAAUGGGAAAUGGAAGAAGUCAUCACACAGAAUACAAAAAUAAUGACCACCAACCCUGAAAUCACCACCUUGUAUUCCCCUAACCCUGUGGAAAUUGGAGGUGCAAUUCCCCUCCUGCUAGCUAGCAAUUUACUUGUUUACCUUUUUUAAAUAAUUAUUCCUCCACUUACUGUCAAUGCUGUGUGUGAUAAUCCUGCUCUAGAGUUAUGAGAGAGAGAGUUUUAGUCAAGGUUUGUCUACUGGUUAUUGUGUGGACAAGUAUAAUGAAUGCUCAUUACACAUUUGCAAAGAUUUUUACAUUUGGAGAGAAUAUUUCAUAGAAGAACAUUUUCCAGAAAAUACCAAGACCCUACAAUCUUUUGAAUUGAAUAGUUUUGUUUUGGGGCUCAUAAACAAAUGUUCGCUGCCCAAAAUGUUCUGCCUUUUCGAUUCGCCUGUUAGAAGGGCUCCGGCUCAGCUCAGCAUCAUAAAGCAUUAGUGUUGCCGUGUGGCCCCGGGCUUCUGGCCCGUCUGCGAACAUGUGUUUAGUGCAAAUGCACACCGCUUGAUGCUGUUCAGAAGCCCUGGGCUGAUGUGCCAAGGGCUACGUGAUGACUUGGCCCCGCGACCAGUCCUCCUCGGUUACCAGCAUGACGACUGCCAGCCGGCCACUCAUUCCAAAUCUGUAUUUCCGACCUUGUCACUUCUGUCCUGCACAGUGGUUCUGAGAAGGGAAGAGUACAGUGGUUCCAGUUUCCCCCCUUUCUCUCCUCCUUCCCCUACCUCAAGAAUGCCUCGAUUCUUAAUGCCCGUGAUAAGCAUUGCUAGUUCUGAGAGCCGUUUUACAGGCUGCCAAAGCUUGCCGGCAGACACUGAUAUACAGCUCCCGGGUAACCGAUAGUUCGGAGGUCAAGGCUGGAGCUAAUCGCGUCUUUCCCUUUGACUUUGGAGGGUUAUAAAUACUGGGGGGAAAUCGAGACGAUUUGGCAGCGGCCAGCACUAGCCCGAGACAGAGGCAGUCGAUGGGUGUCCAGUCAAAACUGGCCCGCUCUGAUGUGCCAAAAUCCACAUGCUAGUGGUUGUUGUCUAUCAUAGCCAAGGGAUUUAUGUAUAAUGCUCAUAUUAAAGUGUCUGUGCAGACUCUCGAUGCGAAUCACUCACUGGGGAUAUUUUGAUUAGUAGGUAAAUUAGCUAGUGAGCUUGAGCUCCUUUUUAAGAGGGUAUGGAUUUCGGAGGUCCGUGUCAAAGUUGAGCCCAGGCACGUGCACAUCAACGGUCAUUCACCUAGACGUACGUCGCCAUGGGUCGGGUAUCAUCAUAUCAUUGAUCCUAUGAUGCAAGGCCAGCACCUCUUCCCCCACCAUACAGUCUCCCCUGCCCCCCUACACUCCGAGGGGAGUCGGGGGGGGGGGGGGGGGGGGGGGUCCCAGGAUGACAGCAGCUGUCGGAAACCAUAGGUUUUAUGUGCUCUCCAAGGGUCGUCCCGGAGAUGGGCUUCAAAGAAAGACGUUUUUUAAAGGGCAAGGCUGAAACUCCAUCCCCCCCCCAGCAGCAAUGCACGUCCACUUCUCCCCUACAUGGCCCCUGUGUACAUGAACACUUCACCGUAUUGUUACCAUCACUGCUAAAUGGCCUCGCUAUGCACAUCUAAGGGUUAGCAAGAGGAGUGGAUGUGCGUUGAGGAGCUCUGAUUUGGGGAAGAGGCAGGGGAUGAGGAUGUGUCAUCAGCACCCCUUACCACAGAAUGUCCUCAAGUGUAAACUGGGUAUUAACAAAUGUUGUUUUGGAGUCUUUCGAGAGUCCACAGGCAGCUGGAAUUCAAAAUAAGGUAUUGCAGGAUUUCAAAAGGGCAAUGGUUCUGAAGAGCCAACCAAAUGUCUCUGGGUAUUGUAAAUAUCACAGAUAUUUUGUCUGCUCAGAUUACUGCUGUAUGGAGAUUGUCAGAUUAGGUAUGAUAGGAGAAAGUCGGAGAAAUACGAGGUUUAGACAGAAAGAACCUCCACCAUUUUGAGGUGAGAACAGAACGGUUAACACUCCUCAUUCUGUAACUUCUUGUGUAUAAACAUCUGUUAUUUACACGCCAUUGUUUUUUCCUCUCUUACAAAGUAGCGGAGAAUGUACUUAACGGAGGGAGGCCAGAGACCGGAAAUGGCUCUUUGGAAUGAGUUUGCAUUGGUCCUCAAAGGCCUCCUUUGUAAGUGGAGGGUUCAUGGUGUCAAUGGACUUCAGAAACAGUAAUCUGCACUUAACCAGCACUUAACUUAAGCCCCCUUUUGUCAAAAGUCACUUUUGCGCAUGUCCCUGACAAUUUUAUUCCACUCUUUGUGAUUAUUUUUCUUUGCUGAAUGUAUGGUCAUCAAAGGGUAGGGGGGGGAGAUUUUUUUUUUUUUGCACCGGCCAGAUUGAAAUUGAAAAAGUUGCUUGGAGCAACAGCUCGUCCGAUAGCAUGAGGAGUUGUGGACUGUUAUUGUACAAAUUAUAAUGAAGUCCUUCAUUAUUUUUUUUUAACAAUUGUGAUGAUUUCGUGAGGCAUGGCACUCGAUCACAUCCGUGUCUUUGCCUUCUAACAUUGUGCCAAAAUCAUUCCACAGUGUUUCCAUUUCACAGUCUGUGAGACAGCGCCAGUGUUUUCCAAGAUGGAUACCCUGUCUCUUCGACUAUUUGUGCUGAAAUAAGGGGAAAUAUUCAAUUUGAGGGUUUUUCUUUUGUUUUCCGCCAUGUAUUUUGUGUCAGUUUUGUAAAACAAAAGAUGUCUUAUUUUGGAAGCUGUAUCGGAUAGAUUUUAUUUAAGAAAAUCUUGUAAUUUUGUAAAGUGGGCCUUAUUGAAAUAUAUUUAGUAUUUGUCCUCUUUGAUUGUAAGGAUGUAAUUUUUGCUAGAUACUGUAUGCAUCUUUCUCAUUAAUGCAUUCCUGGAGAGUACUUUCCUCUUUUUGUUUUAGUGCGAGAGAUGUCUCAUGACCUUGAGCUAUGAGAUGGCAAGAGGAGAGAGACUUGUCAGAAGCCAGCCUUGUGUCAUAGUCAUUGAAGAAUGAGAGUAAUGUACAUUUUAUCAGGAGUGGGUCUGCUAGGAGUCAACAGUCUUAAGUCAUUUGCCAUGUGGCGUCCUGUUUUAUUAGCGGUUCAGGAAUCAGUCAGUCAGUCCAGGUUUUUUGCUACACUGACCCGCCCCCCCCCCCCCC